AUGCUGCUCAACAAUAAGGAGCAUCUGAACGUGAGUGAGUACGUUGAUUUAAAUCUGGAACUACGGAACCUAGAUCUGGAGGAAAAGAAAAAACUCAUAUGGCCGGUGAGCAAAUCAGUGGACGCACUGAUGAACUUCUGGAACAGCGAGCCGGUGCGCAGCCGGCAGGGCUACAACGACAAGAGCGAGUGCUCCCAGCUCUGCUUGGGCCAACUCUGCCCGGCCCUUUACACCAUCAUGUCCGACGGACUCAAGCCACACCUCGGCUCGACCUUCGGACCCAUUGCCAACAGCGUCUGGCAAGUGGUCGAGGCGUCCUCCCAACAGGGACCACUUACAAAGACACUAAACGACCUAGUCCAGAAGAUCAACGGCGAGGACUUUAUCACCGAGGGCAUGCUCAAGUUCCAUGCCUUCGUCUUUGGAUUGCUCAAUUUGCGUGCACUCGACGCUUGGUUCGCGUAUCUGUGCACGCGCGAGUCCAUCCUGCGCAAGCACUACAACGAUAGCAGUGUACUUACUCGUGGUCGCCCAGAUGAGCCGCGUCCACCUCUUCCGCGGUACCCCUUGAUUGAAUGA